AUGACGUCAUUCACAUCUAAUUCUAUCAUCCAGGAGGUGAAGAACACCAAAGACAUUGUGGCAAGGUACAAACUGGCACUAGAGGCUUUCAAAAAGGGGAGCUCUAUGAAAGCUGCCUUUGAGAGCAUGGGACUUGACCGAGCUACCAUUGCCCACACAGCAGUAGUUGCUGAACUAAAAAUUGCUGCUCCUGAGGCCUUUGACACCAUCCCUCCAUGGAAUGAGCAUGUGAAGGAUGUCACCAAAAAGCUUCUGAAGGCACUGGAGGAUCCGGCGGAGGAAGACCCCGCGACUCCGGCCAUCACCUCGCCGCCGCGCUCGCCCGAAUCCGGGCCGUCGACCUCGCGGGCCACGGAGGCGGAACACCUGGGAGAGAGAAGCCCCGCUCACUUUCCGGACCACGUGGCGGUUCUGAACGAGCUCCUGGAGUCCUACAGGCGGCACCAGGAGGGACCUGCUCCGUCACGCAAGUUGAAGGAGAACGUGAGCGGGAAGGUGUUCCGAAUAAGAUCGUUCAUGGCCCAUAUGGCGGAGGGCCAGGGCAGGCUCCAGACACUGGCGUUCUUAGACAACCCCGAAAGGAUCCAGAGGUACGUCACGCUCCCUCUCUCUGCCGUCGGCGUGUCGCCAUUAACCAGUUCUUUGUGUGUUCGCAGGUGGGUCGGCAACCUAGGGAAGUCAAAAAUCACGGCCACGACGGUAAACCACUACCUGAAGAACGUGGCCCAGUUCUUGGACUUCCUGGCCGAGACCCCUCCGAAGACCUGCCGGCUGUCUAAGAAUGCCAUGACGAGGGCCCGACGGGAGGUCAGGAUGCUGCUCCGGUCGAUGAAGCGGCCAGUGACGAUGCACCAGAUGGAGGUGAAGGAGGUGAAAGAGGGUCAACUCAUCUCCAAGCAGGUGCUUCGUCGCUGCAACGCGGAGGCCAAAAAGGCGAUCCCGCGGAUCCUCGACAAGCUGGAGAAGGACCUCUGCCAGAAGACCCAAUACAGCUUCUACGGGCACUUGACGGCCUUCUUCGCCUCCAUCUACGGGCACAGGUGUGGGGUAUUUCAAAACCUGACGAUCACGGAGGUGGAGAAGGCCGUCAAAUCGUCCAGCACCGGGGCAUACCUGAUUAACGUCAAGUUCCACAAGACGAAUCAGGCCUUCGGCCCGGCCCAGCUGUCGGCAACGGAAGAGGAGUACGGGUGGCUGCGAAGGUUCCUGGCCCUCAGGAACCGCCUGGUCGGCGGCAAGACGGCAACAUAUUUUUUUUACAUCGACAAUUAUUUUCAGGGGGCCUGGGUGUCGAUGGGGCUUCCCGGAAAGCCCAACUUUACAGACCUACGGACCUCCAUCGCGACCCAUGCCAAGAACAGCCACAGCCCGGACAACCGGCGGAAGGUGGCGCAGUUCAUGUGCCACGACACCUCCACGGCCGACAAGUUUUAUGCCAUGAAUCUUAAUUCUAGGCAGGCCGUGGAGCACCGUCGGAUGUUCGAGCAGGCGCUGUUGGGCGAGGAUGGGUCGCCGGAGAAGGCGGCCGGCUCGGAGGUAGGUACCAAACGAAAGGUCAAGACUCAGGGCGGCCGGAGCGGGAAGCGCGCCGGGGCGAAGGAGGCCUCGCCGUCUGAGUCGACGUCGAGCAGCAGCUCCGAGGAAGAGGAGAAGGUCCCUCUCCAGGAGUCUGGGGUGUCCACCCUCGACUCUCCAUCGAGCUUGGAAACCUACCCCACCCACCUGGAAAGCCCGGACCGAUCGCCAUCGUCCUCCUCUUCCUCUGUCGUGUCUCCGUCGACCCGGGGCUCUCCGGAGGCGGGCUCUCCGGAGCUGUCCGUCCCUGAGCGCGCGACCGCCCGGGACUCCCCCGGCUCCUAGCUGGACAUCCCCCCGCCAGCUGUCCC